CUCGCUGGUCGUCAGUGCGUACGGUUGUAAAUUUUUGCUCGUUGCUACUUACCAGAAGAUAAAUAUUAGAUAAAAAAAAGUAUCCGGUGUGUUUUCUCUUCCCCUAAAAUUUUUUUAUCUAUUAAAGAGGAUUACAACAACAACAGUUGAAUUUGUUUUAAAAGAAUAAAUGAAAAUUUGAGAAAUAAUAAUAAAAAAAGUUAAAAGGCAAAAGAAAAUAAAUUGUUAAAAAAAAUUUUAAAAUCAAACAGAAAAAGUGAAAAAAUUAACUAAACAAAAAUUUUAUAAAAAAUGGAAAAAUCAACAGCCUCUUCUUCUACAUCCUCUGCCUCAUCCAGCUCUAGUAGUAGGAGCUCUGGAGGCUCGACAACAACAACAUUAGCAGCAGGCAGUAGUAGUAAUAAUACAGCAACAGCCUCUAGUGAAGCUAAUCAUCAUCACCAGCAACAACAACUACAACAAGAGCAGCAAAUUUUGCAAAAGCCUCAUCAUCAUCAAACUACUUCUUCGACUACUCCAACUAAAAAUCAACUUAAUAAUUCACUAGGGUGUGGUCCAUCAUCAACAUCCACAAUAACAACAACAACAACAAAAACAGCAGCAACAACAAUAACAUCUUUGGAUAAUAGAGGUGGCUGCAGCAGCAAUUUAAACUCCAACCAUAAUACAUUGUCGUCGUCGUCCCUUAACAAUACCUUGUUGGGUCAUCAAUCUUCAAUCAACACCACCACCACUUCUACUUCUACUAGUAAUGCUGCUACUUUAUCAAACUUAGCAUCAUCAUCAGGUUCAGCAGCAGUUACAGCUUCUUCCACCUCUUCGUCAUCGUCAUCGUCAUCCUCACAAAUGGCGCCAAUUAAUCUUAAUAUUAGCACAACAACUGGUGGCAAUUUUAGUGUGUCUGUAGAUCCUCAGAUUACGGUGGAAAAUCUCAAGAAAAUUAUUGCUAAAAAAUUAAAAGUGGCCAAGGAUCGUAUAUGUUUAUUGCAUCGUGAAAAGUAUGUAUCUUCUAUAAAAUAAUUAACAACCUUUUUAAGAUAAGUAUAAGAAUUAAAAACAUCCAAGUUGAUGCGAUUUUGGUUAUUGUUUUCUAAGAAUUCCAUUAAGUGUACUUAUAAUUAUUUCCGUUACCAUAUAGGAUGUCUAUAAUUGUAGUUACAGUUAGAUUAUACCAAAUUCGCAUACAAAAUACAAUCAGCCAUAAAUAUUGAACAUGAUUAUUAUCAUCAACAGCAUCAUUAUGAACAUCAGCUAUAUGUAGAGGAAAAAAAAAACACAAAUAUACUUUAAUAAAAGCUUCAAUCAAAGUUAAACAAAUGUUUGGGAAAAAAAAAACGUAAUUGUAGGUUUUACAUAUGUCAACAGAAAAUGUGUGAGAGUGUGUGUAGAGAGACAGGAUAUAAAAACUGAACAGACAGACAUAUAUUUACUUACUCCUCUCAUACACAAAUGUCAUCUUAAUCAACAGCAAUUCUAAAGUUAAACAUCAUCAUUAUCAUCAUGAGAAUACAGCAGCAUUUACUUUUAGCGUGUCUUGAAAAUUGUGAUUUUUUUUAUAUUUUGCUUUACUUUACACAUAAAACAAGUAGAGUAAUCAAUUUAUAAUAGAACCAGAUGAUGAUGAUCAAAUACAUAUAUUACAAACCAACCAAGCAUCCAUUUGUACAUACAUAUAUACAUACAUUCAUCAACAAACAAACACAAUUGAUUUCAUUUCAAACUCAAAAUUACGUUCUGAAUAAAAAAACUAGUGUUCAAUGAAUUGAUACUGAUUAUUGAUGGCGCCAAGAAUUGUCAGUUAGUUUAUUUAUUGUUGUUGUUGUUGUGGUACAAUCAGUAGUAACAGCAGCGGUAGUAGUGGUUAACAAGUAGUGAUUUUAAAAUGUCAGUCAUUAGUAGUUUUUUUGUUGUUAUUUUAAAUUAUUUACUUUAAUAUACAAUUUUCAAAUGCUUUUUGUUUAACGUUAAUCAAUUGUUUUUUUA